CCGGCAGCGGGGGGCUCCGCUGAGAACCGACUCCUGCACCGGUGGGGGGCACCGGGGGGGAGCUCCGGUCCCGAGGUUACCGGGCAAUUCCGGCACCGGGGAGAACCGAGGAGUUCCGGUAGCGGUACCGGCCGCUGAUCAGCCGCAACUACAAAGGGGACGUGGGGCUGGGGGAGAUCGAGAACUUCAUGGGGGUCCUGCUGCAGCGGGAGGAGGAGGGCACGCUGACCCCCGUCCUGACCCACGGCCACGUCCACUUCCUGUGGAUCAAACACGCCAACCUGUACUUGGUGGCCACCACCAAGAAGAACGGGAAUGCCUCCUUGGUCUUCUCCUUCCUCUACAAGGUGGUGGAGGUGUUCUGUGAGUACUUCAAGGAGCUGGAGGAGGAGAGCAUCCGCGACAACUUCGUCAUCGUCUACGAGCUGCUGGACGAGCUGAUGGACUUCGGCUUCCCGCAGACCACCGACAGCAAGAUCCUGCAGGAGUACAUCACCCAGGAGGGGAACAAGCUGGAGACGGGGAAGUCGCGCGUGCCCACCACGGUGACCAACGCGGUGUCCUGGCGCUCCGAGGGAAUCCGCUACAAGAAGAACGAGGUGUUCAUCGACGUCAUCGAGGCCGUGAACCUGCUGGUGAGCGCCAACGGCAGCGUGGUGCUCAGCGAGGUGGUGGGCACCAUCAAGCUGAAGGUUUUCCUCACGGGAAUGCCGGAGCUGCGCCUGGGCCUCAACGACCGCGUCCUCUUCGAGCUGACGGGCCGGGGGAAGAACAAGUCGGUGGAGCUGGAGGACGUGAAGUUCCACCAGUGCGUCCGUCUGUCCCGCUUCGACAACGACCGCACCAUCUCCUUCAUCCCCCCCGACGGCGACUUCGAGCUCAUGUCCUACCGCCUGCACACCCAGGUGAAGCCGCUCAUCUGGAUCGAGUCCAUCAUCGAGAAGUUCUCCCACAGCCGGGUGGAGAUCAUGGUCAAGGCCAAGGGCCAGUUCAAGAAGCAGUCGGUGGCCAACGGCGUGGAGAUCUCGGUGCCGGUGCCCAGCGACGCCGACUCGCCCAAGUUCAAAACCACGGUGGGCUCGGCUCGGUACCUGCCCGAGAGGAACGUGGUGGUCUGGAGCAUCAAAUCCUUCCCCGUGAGCGCCUGGCCCGGGCCUGGCCUGGAUUACCAGAUCCGCACCAGCUGA